AUGGCGGCGUCUGGACCCUCACGAAGUACAUCUCGACAAGAAGAGGACUGGGUCACUAUCAAGCCAUCAUGGCAGGGAAGCACCCAACCUACAUGCAAAGUGAACACGAUCCUCAACGCAAUGAGUUCCAACAAUUUCGGAAGCAGCCACGAGGACAUCUCGCGGAAGCUGGCUUGCGUCACAGAUUACUGGCUACCCAUUACGUCUCACUCUACGAUGCCGCCCGCCUUGGAGCCGAGUCAAUGCCACAUGUUCAUCCAACAGCAAUCUUCAGUUCUUGAUCCAGCUUUCGAAUUCAAUGGGCAACAUUACAAUCUUGACAACAAUGCCAGCAUCCCAGAAGGGCAGAGGCUGCCCCGUAACAUCGAAUACAAGAAAACUCUCGGCCAAGGCCAUUUCGGUUAUGUCGCUCAGGUGAGUGACAAGAACGGCAGAGCGUAUGCUCUGAAAGUCAUCUCGCGAAAGACACAACACGACGACGCCAGGGAGCAGAUGAGAAUGGCCAAACAAGAGAUCGAGGUUCUGAGAAGGGUCGAUCAUGUGCAUUGUAUUAAGUUUGUUGGAAGCUACACUGAUGCCAAGUCAAUCGGCAUCAUCGUGAAUCCCGCUGCGGACUGCAACCUUGCCAAGUUUCUCUCCCACUUCGAUCACCGGAAUGAAGAUCAGUAUAUGGUUCUAGCCAGUUUUUUUGGGUCCUUGGCCAGCGCACUUGAGUAUCUCCACUACGAUGUACGAAUCAGACAUAAAGAUAUCAAACCACAAAAUAUACUGGUCAAGGGAGAGAAUGUGAUGCUCGCAGACUUUGGAAUAUCCCUUGACUGGAGCGAGAAAACACACUCAACUACAAACCAAGAGGCUAUCAGAAGCCCAGUCUACUGUUCCCCGGAGGUGGCAAGAGGUGAGCCGCGUAAUUCCAGGUCGGAUGUUUGGUCCUUGGGAUGUGUUUUCCUGGAGAUGGCGGCCGUCAUCCACGGACAGCCAUCCACGUAUGUUCAAAACAUACUACAAAGCCAUGGGUGCUGUAAUUUCCGAGACUGCCCUGAGGGAAUUGAAGAGGCCAUUACGACAUUACGAAAAACCGGCCUGAAAGACAGGCAUCUUCCUCUCGACUGGGUGAAGCAAAUGCUCAUGAUGAGGAAAGAAGACCGUUGGACCUCGGCAGUGCUGCGGGACGAGAUCUAUAAGAGCAGAGGGCAGUCGGAUCUGUCCUUUUGCGGAACAUGCUGCGAAGAACACAAGCCUCGAUCUCCCGCGAGCUCGCCUGUGUUGGCUCCAACCAUGACCGGUGCUGAAAUAGUUGCCGACACUUAUGGAGAGUUGAACAAAGCGGCGGAAAUCACAGAGAAAGCAGAAUUGUACAGCGCAACGAAAGGGUGGCAGACGGUUACAUUGAUACGGCGCGAAGACAUCUCAAUAAAUUGGAUCCCGGCCGGCCUCGUCGAUUCGUGCAACUUGGAGAUGCUGGUGAAUAAGGAUCAAAGAGACUUGAAUUUAGCAGGGCUACCAUAUGCUUCAUCUAAAUACGUCGAGUUGACCUUCACCGUCGGCGGAGGUCCAGUUCUGAAGCGUGACUUUUGGGUAGCGCCGUUAACGGCACCGCUCCACUCGCUGAUCUGGAACACUUCGACGCAGUAA